UUAUGCGCACAACUUAUCACCGUCUUUGAUGGGAAAUGGACAUGCAUAUCUUUUUCAGCCAUCAAGGCAUCAGUUUGACGUAUGAAGCAAGUUUCACGCAUGUGUGGACUGGAGGAAAUUCACCUAUCUUUUUUCAAACCUACCCGUCAACUUUUGUGGGAGUCUGAAUCCUUCCUUCUCCUCUCAGAACUAUUCACACUCUGAGAGGAGAAAUGGCUGAUCAAGGAGUUCAGAUUGAUGGCGACAAACUCUGCUGUUCAAUCUGUUUGGAUCUACUGAAGGAUCCAGUAACUAUUCCCUGUGGACACAGCUACUGUAUGAACUGUAUUAAAAGGCAUUUUGAUGAAGAGGAUCAGAAGAACAUCCACAGCUGUCCUCAGUGCAGACAGACCUUCAUACCGAGGCCUGUCCUGAAGAAAAGCACCAUGUUAGCAGAGUUGGUGGAGGAGCUGAAAAAGACUGGACUGUAUGCUGUUCCUGCUGAUCACUGCUAUGCUGGACCUGGAGAUGUGGCCUGUGAUGUCUGCAGUGGGAGAAAGCUCAAAGCCAUCAAAUCCUGUCUGCAGUGUCUGGUCUCUUACUGUGAGCAACAUCUCCAGCCUCAUCAUAAUGUAGACGCAUUAAAGAAACACAAACUGGUCGACCCCUCCGAGAAGCUUCAGGAUACCAUCUGCUCUCGCCACAAUGAGGUAAUGAAGAUUUUCUGCCGCACUGAUAACAGAUGUAUCUGUUAUACCUGCUCCAUAGAUGAGCAUAAAGCCCACGAGACAGUCCCAGCAUCAGCCGAAAGGACUCAAAGACAGAAAGAGCUCGAACCAUGUCGUGAAAAAAUUCAACAAAGAAUCGAGAAUAGAAAAAAAGACGUGAAUUUGCUUAAGCAGGAAGUGGAAGCCAUCAAUCAGUCCGCUGAUAAAGCUGUGAGGGACACUGAGAAAAUAUUCAGUGAGCUUAUCCUCCUCAUUGAGAAAAGAAGCUCUGAUAUGAAGCAACAGAUCAGAUUCCAGCAGGAAACUGAAAUACAUCGAGUCAACGAGCUUCUGGAAGAGCUCGAGGAGGAACUCAAUGAGCUGAAAAGAAAAGAUACUGAACUGGAGAAGCUCUCUCACACAGAGGAUCACACCCAGUUUCUGAAUAUGUUUCCACUGCUCUCAGAUCUCAGUGAAUCUUCAGAGUCACGAUGUCCCACAGCCCGUCCUUUGCUGUAUUUUGGGGAUGUGCCGGCUGCUGUAUCAGAGGUGAAAGAUAAGCUACAGGGCGUUCUUCAGAGGGGAUGGCAAAAAGUUUCACGGACAGUGAUUAAUGUAGAUGUGUUGGUACCACAACCAGAGCCCAAAACCAGAGCUGAAUUCUUAAAGUUUUCAACUCAGCUCACACUGGAUCCAGACACUGUAAACACGAGGAUGUUAUUAUCUGAAGAGAACAGAAGAGCAACAUUUGUUAGUAAAAAACAGGCAUAUCCUGGUCACCGUGAAAGAUUCAUGAACAGGUCUCAGGUCCUGAGCAGAGAAAGUCAGACUGGACGUCACUACUGGGAGGUAGAGUGGAGUGGGUUUGGUAUUUACGUAGCAGUCGCAUACAAAAGCAUUAUGAGAACAGGAGAUGAAAGUGAAUUUGGAAAUAAUGAUAAGUCCUGGGCGUUAAGGUGUUCUUCCAGUCACUAUGAAUUAAGUCAUAAAAGAGUAUGUGAAUGGUUUUCAGGUCCUCAGUCCUCCAGAAUAGGAGUGUACCUGGAUCACACAGCAGGUGUUCUGUCUUUCUACAGCGUCUUUGACACCAUGACUCUCCUCCACAGAGUCCAGGCCACAUUCACUCAGCCGCUGUAUGCUGGACUUAGAGCUUAUCAUUUCUUGGGUGCAGACUCGUCUGCUGUGUUUAGUGAGCUGGAGCAGAUGGACACAGAAUGAAGGUUUUUCUGUUUCAAGUUAAAGCCUUUUUUCUCCACUGUUGUUCUUUGGCACUGUGCCUCAGCUGCCAGUUUAACAUUAUGGGCAGAAGUAUGAUGAUAUUUUUCUUUUAAUAUUCCGAACAUUGUAUGGAAACCCAAUAGUUUCAUGAAGUGAUUCAUUUUCUCUUAUGCACACAGCAUAGAAAAAAUGAAUAUGAU